UUUAAACUCAGUGUGGGUUAACGCAGCUGCUGCGCGCCGUGGAUACGCCGACACUAUGGAUACCGAGCGUCUUUUUCCACGUUAAAAACUCCACAAUGAGGGAUAAAAGUAAAGCGCGGUGCUGGGAGAGGGAGAGUUAAUGCGUUUGCGGAGGAGUUUCGGUGAAGUUGAAUGGGAUUUGGCAGGUUCACAAGCAUGGAGCUACCGAUGUGUUUAUGGAUUUGGGUUUGUGUCCUGUUCAACGUGCCUCUUGCGGGAUGUUUGGAGAUACACCUUUCGGAGACUUUACAGCCCGGGACGCUUCUGGCAAACCUGUCGCACGGCCCUGGAUGGAUUACGAAACUUGACAGGAGUUUAUCACCUAAAUUCAUCCAGAGCUUUUUCCAAGUUGAGAGACAUGAUGGGGUUAUCCGUCUGUCCCACAAAGUUCAGUGUGCGCACACGGCGAGGAACCCAGCGCCUGUUUAUUUCAGGACAGGUUCUUCAUCUGGGGACGUUAUUCUCACACAGUUUAAUGUGUUUGUCCACGGCCAGGACUGUUUUAUUAAAUACAAGAGAAAGAAGGCGCCAGGUAAGCCCGACAUUCACAUUAAACACCUUACAGAACUGGAGGCAACUUCCUGCUUGCCCGCAGGUAAGCUGCUUUUGAAUGUAACAGAACUUUUGCCUGCGUUUACGCGCAGCGCCACCUUUUUGGACACAAUGUGUGUUGGCAAAGACUUGAGUGCAGUGUUCAGGCAGGGGGAUUUGUUCCUGGUCAGUGACUUAUGUCUUGAGCACAGAGGACAGCCCGAGGUGUGUUUGCACUGCGCGCUGCACAGCUCUGCAGGGCUCUCUGUGCGGCUGAGUUUGACGCUUGUUAAAGUGCCCAAACAACAUGGACCCCCCUCCUCAGAAACCGUCCACAGAAAGUCCGGCAAGUUGAUCCGCAGGGGGAAGCGACAGGUAAACGCGCCUCCCCAGUUCCAGCUCCCCAACUAUCAGGUGUCCGUGCCCGAGAAUGAGCCUGCCGGCACGCGGGUGAUCACCCUGAAAGCCACUGACCCGGAUGAUGGAGAGGCAGGGAGGCUGGAGUACAGCAUGGAAGCCUUGUUUGACAGCAGGUCCAAUGACUUCUUUGACAUUAACUACCAGACAGGGAGCAUAACAACCGUCCAGGCACUAGACAGAGAAGUCAAAGACACCCAUGUUUUCAAAGUCACUGUAACUGACAAUGGCUCCCCUAAAAGGUCUGCUACUUCUUACCUCACUGUCACUGUGAGCGACACUAAUGACCACAGCCCAGUGUUUGAGCAAACCGAAUACCGCGUAAGCAUCCGGGAGAAUGUAGAAGUGGGGUUUGAAGUGAUGACAAUCCGAGCCACUGAUGGGGACGCUCCCUCCAAUGCCAAUAUGAUUUAUACAAUUGUCAACGGUGACGGUGUGAACUCUGUGUUUGAAAUUGACCCCCGGAACGGCCUGGUGAGGAUCAGAGAGCGGCCUGACAGGGAGACCCGGGCCCAGUACCAGCUGAUUGUUGAGGCCAAUGACCAGGGCAAAGACCCAGGGCCCCGGAGCGCCACCGCCACUGUCAACAUCUCUGUGGAGGAUGAGAACGACAACUACCCACAGUUCAGUGAAAAGAGGUAUGUUGUGCAGGUCCCGGAGAACGUGGCAGUCAACACCAAAGUCAUCCAGGUGGAAGCUACAGAUAAAGACGAAGGAAACAACGCCAAAGUACAUUACAGCAUCAUCAGUGGCAAUGUUAAAGGACAGUUCUACAUUCACUCCCCCACUGGUGUGAUUGACGUCAUCAAUCCCCUGGACUACGAGAUGAUUCGGGAGUAUAAUUUGAGGAUUAAGGCUCAGGACGGCGGCAGGCCUCCUCUGAUAAACGGCACAGGGAUGGUGGUGGUGCAGGUGGUGGACGUGAACGACAAUGCCCCCAUGUUUGUGAGCACACCUUUCCAGGCUACUGUGCUGGAAAAUGUGGCCAUUGGUUACUCUGUGAUCCACAUCCAAGCAAUUGAUGGUGACUCAGGAGAAAACGCCCGUUUGGAAUACCGGUUAACUGACACCAUGCCUGGUUUUCCGUUCACCAUCAACAACAGCACAGGCUGGAUUACAGUGAGCGAAGGGCUCGACAGGGAGACCACUGACUUCUACACAUUCGGCGUGGAGGCGAGAGACCACGGGAUACCUGUGAUGUCCUCCUCUGCCAGCGUCAGCAUCACAGUGCUGGAUGUGAAUGAUAAUGUACCCACAUUCACAGAGAAGGUCUACUCGCUGAAAAUCAAUGAAGAUGCUCUCGUGGGGACCAGCGUGCUGACCGUGACAGCCGUGGAUAGAGACGUCAACAGCGUGGUGACCUAUCAGAUCUCCAGCGGCAACACCAGGAACCGCUUUGCCAUCACAAGCCAGAGUGGCGGCGGUCUCAUCACCUUAGCCCUCCCUUUGGACUACAAGCAGGAACGCCAGUACGUCCUGACAGUCACCGCCAGUGAUGGAACACGCUAUGAUACUGCUCAGGUGUUCAUUAACGUGACGGACGCCAACACGCACCGGCCUGUCUUCCAAAGUGCCAACUACCAGGUGAUGCUCAGUGAGGAAAAACCAGUGGGCUCCACUGUGGUGGUGAUCAGUGCUACGGACGAGGACACGGGUGAGAAUGCUCGCAUCACAUAUGUGAUGGAGGACAAUGUCCCUCAGUUUAAAAUCGACCCAGAUACAGGUGCCAUCACAACACAAAUGGAGAUAGAUUAUGAAGACCAGGCCUCCUACACGUUAGCCAUCAUCGCCAGAGACAACGGGAUCCCUCAGAAAUCUGACACCACCUAUGUGGAGAUAAUCAUCCUUGAUGCCAAUGAUAAUGCUCCCCAGUUUCUUAGGGAAAGGUACGAUGGGACUGUACCUGAGGAUGCACCUGUCUACCACAGCGUCCUCCAGAUCUCUGCUUCAGAUAGAGAUUCUGGCUCAAAUGGCAGGGUGAGCUACACGUUUCAGGGUGGCGAUGACGGUGAGGGGGAUUUCUUCAUUGAACCUUACUCUGGCAUCAUCAGAACCGCUCGCAAACUGGACCGUGAGAACGUCCCUGUUUACAAUCUGAAGGCCUACGCUGUGGAUAGAGGGGUUCCGCCUCUGAAAGCAGCUGUCUCCAUCCAUGUGGUUGUCAAAGACAUAAAUGACAACGCUCCAGUGUUUGAGAAGGACGAGCUGUUCAUUGACGUGGAGGAGAACAGCGCGGUGGGGUCCGUCGUGGCCCGGAUCACUGCCACCGACCCCGACGAGGGCACCAACGCUCAGAUCAUGUACCAGAUUGUCGAAGGGAAUAUUCCAGAAGUUUUCCAGCUGGACAUUUUUAACGGCGACCUCACUGCACUCACAGACCUGGAUUACGAGACUAAAACAGAGUAUGUGAUUGUGGUCCAGGCCACCUCAGCACCACUGGUGAGUCGGGCCACUGUGCACAUCCGCCUGGUAGACAUGAAUGACAAUGUGCCGGUGCUGCAGAACUUUGAGAUUAUUUUCAACAACUACAUCACCAACAAGUCCAACAGUUUCCCAUCAGGAAUAAUAGGAAAGGUACCAGCUCAUGACCCGGACGUGUCGGAUAAGCUGCGGUACAAGUUUGAAUCUGGGAAUGAGCUCAAUCUGCUGCUGCUGAACGAGGACACAGGGGAUCUGAGGUUGAGCAGGGACCUGGACAAUGACAGGGCCCUGGAAGCACCCAUGAGUAUAUCCGUCUCAGAUGGUCUCCAUACUGUUACGGCCCUCUGCACGCUGCGAGUCACCAUCAUCACUGAUGACAUGUUGACCAACAGCAUCACGGUGCGUCUGGAGAACAUGUCCCAGGAGCGCUUCCUCUCUCCCCUGCUCAACCUCUUUCUUGAGGGCGUGGCGGCUGUGCUCUCCACCAAACGGGAAGCGGUGUUCGUGUUCAACAUUCAAAACGACACCGACGUGCAAGGCUCCAUCCUCAAUGUGACCUUUUCGGCACUGCAGCCCGGAGGUGCCCCUGGUAAAGGGACGUUCUUCCCCUCUGAGGAGCUGCAGGAGCAGAUCUACCUCAACAGGACUCUGCUCAGGCGCAUAUCCUCUCAGGAGGUGUUGCCGUUUGAUGACAACAUCUGCCUGCGGGAGCCCUGUGAGAACUACAUGAAGUGUGUGUCGGUGCUGAAGUUUGACAGCUCCCCUCCCUUCAUCGCCUCCAACACGGUUUUGUUUCGGCCCAUCCACCCCAUCAACGGGCUGCGCUGCCGCUGUCCACUCGGUUUCACUGGGGACUACUGUGAGACGGAGAUCGACCUCUGCUACUCAGGACCCUGCAAGAACAAUGGGAGAUGCCGCAGCAGAGAGGGAGGGUACACCUGCGAGUGCCUGGAAGACUUCACGGGGGAGCACUGCGAGCUGAAUGCAUCAUCAGGCCGGUGUGUGCCUGGUGUGUGUAGGAACGGCGGCAAGUGUGUCAACCGGCUUGCCGGUGGCUUCAUGUGCCAGUGUCCACCAGGGGAGUUUGAGAAGCCCUACUGUGAGAUGACCACACGGAGCUUCCCUGGACAGUCCUUCAUCACCUUUAGAGGCCUGAGGCAGAGGUUCCACUUCACUGUCUCCUUCACGUUUGCUACCAGAGAGAGAAACGCUCUGCUUCUCUACAACGGCCGAUUCAAUGAAAAACAUGACUUCAUCGCUCUGGAGAUCAUUGACGAGCAGAUUCAGCUCACCUUCUCUGGAGGUGAGACAAAGACCACAGUGUCUCCCUACAUCUCAGGCGGGGUCAGUGAUGGCCAGUGGCACUCGGUUCAGCUCCAUUACUACAACAAGGACGGGGGGAGUCUGGUGGACUCCAGUGGGGUACUGCGGCUCCCGCUCUAUACUGCCUGGCUGGAGCUCAAUCAGAAGGAGCCAAACAUUGGGCGUCUUGGCAUCCCUCAUGGGCCCUCAGGAGAAAAGGUGGCUGUGGUUGCUGUAGAUGACUGUGACAUCUCCAUGGCGAUUCGCUUCGGAAAGCAGAUCGGCAACUACUCCUGCGCCGCCCAAGGCACCCAGACUGGACAGAAGAAGUCACUGGAUUUGACAGGCCCGCUGCUGCUAGGCGGAGUUCCCAACCUACCCGAGGACUUCCCGGUCAGGAACAGAGACUUUGUGGGCUGCAUGAGAAACCUCAGCAUCGACAGCAGACCCAUCGACAUGGCCAGCUACAUCGCUAACAACGGCACCGAAGCAGGUUGUCCAGCAAAGACAAACUUUUGCACGAAUGAGGUGUGUCAGAACGGAGGAGUGUGUGUCAGCAAGUGGAACACCUACAGCUGCGACUGCCCGACCGGUUACGGAGGCAAGAACUGUGAACAAGUUAUGCCAUCUCCUCAGUUCUUUGAUGGCCAGGCGCUGGUCUCAUGGAGCGAUACGGACAUUACCAUCGCUGUUCCUUGGUACAUGGGCCUCAUGUUCCGCACCAGGCAGCCUGCUGGCACUCUGAUGCAGGCCAAUGCUGGACAAUACUCCACCAUCAACCUCAUGAUGAGUGAGCAGCAGGUCUAUAUGGAGGUGUUGCUGAAGCAGCAGCUUGUGGCCUCACUGAGAUUUUCCCAAGUUCGGGUCAAUGACGGAGAGUGGCACCACCUGCUGGUAGAGCUGAGAAGCGUUAAAGACGGGAAGGACAUUAAAUACAUGGUUUCUGUGUCCCUGGACUACGACAUGUAUCAGAAGUCGGUGGAGAUUGGAAAUGACCUCCCAGGAUUGAAGCUGCAAACUCUUCAUGUAGGAGGUCUGCCUGGAGAUGACAACCAUGUCAGCAGAGGAUUUGUUGGCUGCAUACAGGGUGUGCGUAUGGGCGAGACGUCCACCAACGUGGCCAACGUAAACAUGGCUCAGGGCCUGAAGAUCCGCGUGGAAGACGGCUGCGACCUGGCUGAUCCCUGCGACUCCAACAUCUGCCCCGAGAACAGCCACUGCAGCGAUGACUGGAGCACACACACCUGUAUCUGUGACCCAGGUUACUUUGGUAAGGAGUGUGUGGAUGCUUGCCAGCUCAACCCCUGUGAGCACGUUUCCACCUGCGUUCGCAAACCGAGUUCGUCACAUGGCUAUACCUGUGAAUGUGGACAGAACCACUAUGGCCAGUACUGUGAAAACAAAGUGGAGAAGCCGUGCCCUCAAGGAUGGUGGGGCAGUCCCGUGUGUGGACCCUGUAACUGUGAUACGAGCAGGGGAUUUCAUAAAGACUGCAACAAGACCACUGGAGAGUGUCGCUGCAAGGAAAACCACUUUCGACCAGAAGGUGAGGACACUUGCUACCCCUGCGAGUGUUUCUCUGUUGGCUCCGAGUCUCGAACCUGCGACGCCAUCACUGGGCAGUGCCCUUGUAAAGGAGGAGUCAUCGGCCGCCAGUGUAACCGCUGUGAUAACCCCUACGCUGAGGUCACUCCUACUGGAUGCGAAGUGGUGUACGAGGGCUGUCCCAAGGCGUUUGAUGCAGGCAUCUGGUGGCCAAAGACCAAAUUUGGGCGCCCCGCUGCCAUGAACUGUCCCAAAGGAUCAGUUGGUACUGCCAUCCGCCACUGUAACGAAAAGGGCUGGUUGUUGCCUGAGCUCUUCAACUGCACCACCGCCACCUUCUCCCAUCUGAAGAAAAUGAAUGAGGACCUGCGGCGCAACAGUUCAAGGAUGGACAGUGAGCGCUCCAAGACCAUUGUGCGUAUGCUUCAUAGUGCCACCAACAACACGGAGCAUUACUACGGCAACGACGUGAAGACGGCCGCCCAGCUGCUGAAUCACGUGCUGCAGUACGAGAGCCGGCAGGCGGGGUUCGACCUCACCGCCAUGAGGGACUCAGAGUUCAAUGAGAACUUGGUGCGAGCAGGUAGCGCCAUCCUGGAUCCUGACACCAAGGAGCACUGGGAUCAGAUCCAGAAGACUGAAGGUGGCACCGCCCAUCUGCUCCGCAACUUCGAGGAGUAUGCCAACACCCUGGCACAGAACGUCAGGAAAACCUACCUGAAACCCUUCACCAUCGUCACUGACAACAUGAUUCUAACCGUGGACUACCUGGAUGUGUCGGACCCGGAGAGGGCGACGUUGCCUCGGUUCCAGGACAUCGACGAGGCUUACUCAAGAGAGCUUGGGUCCUCCGUCCACUUCCCCCAGUUCAACCUCCGCACUCAGGGCCACAAAGCAAAGCCCACCCCUGCCCCUCCGACUCAGACCGAUGCCCCACAGGAGGAGGAGGAGCACACUGUGUCCGAUAGGAGACGGCGCCAUCUUGAGCCAGCCGCCCCUCUGCCGGUUGCUGUGGUGAUAGUGUAUAAAUCACUGGGGAAGCUCCUCCCGGAGAGAUAUGACCCUGACCGCAGGAGUCUGAGGAUCCCCAACCGUCCAGUGAUCAACACAGCCAUUGUGAGCGCCACGGUGCACAGUGAGGGUCCACCCCUUCCUCCCGUCCUGGAUCCCCCCAUCACUUUGGAGUACACCAUGCUGGAGACGGAGGAGAGAACCAAACCUGUGUGCGUCUUCUGGAAUCACUCCAUUGCGGUCGGAGGUAUGGGCGGCUGGUCUGCUAAAGGCUGUGAGGUGCUCAACAGGAACAACAGCCACAUUAGCUGUCAGUGUAACCACAUGACCAGUUUCGCUGUGCUCAUGGACAUCUCCAAGAGAGAGCAUGGUGAUGUUCUCCCCCUGAAGAUUGUCACCUACACCACGGUGUCAGUCUCCCUGUUCCUCCUCCUCAUCACUUUCAUCUUGCUGUGCCUCUUGCGCCGGCUCCGCUCCAACCUCCACGCCAUCCAUAGAAACCUGGUAGCAGCGCUCUUCUUCUCUGAGCUCGUCUUCCUGCUCGGCAUCAACCAGACUGACAACCCGUUCGUGUGCACGGUGAUAGCCAUCCUCCUGCACUACUUCUACAUGUGCACCUUUGCCUGGAUGUUCGUGGAGGGGCUGCACAUCUACCGCAUGCUGACAGAGCUGCGCAACAUCAACCACGGCCACAUGAGGUUCUACUAUGCCAUGGGCUGGGGCAUACCAGCUAUUAUCACCGGUUUGGCAGUCGGUCUUGACCCUCAAGGUUAUGGGAACCCAGAUUUCUGCUGGCUUUCUGUCCAUGACACACUCAUCUGGAGCUUCGCAGGACCCAUCUUUGUAGUCGUUCUGGUGAACAUAGUGAUCUUUAUUCUGGCUGCGAAGGCUUCGUGUGGUCGCAGGCAGAAGGCUAUGGAGAAGUCAGGAGCCAUUCCUGCUCUUCGGAUGGCCUUCCUGCUUCUGCUACUCAUCUGCGCUACCUGGAUGCUCGGUCUGAUGGCGGUCAACAAUGACGUAAUGACCUUCCACUACCUGUUCGCUGUCUUCAGCUGCCUGCAGGGAGUCUGCAUUUUCUUCUUCCACGUCAUCUUCAACAAAGAGGUGAGGAAAAACCUCAAGAACGUCCUCACAGGAAAGAAGACCAUACCUGACGAAUCCAGCACCACAAGGGCCUCAUUGCUCACGCGCUCUCUCAACUGCAACAACACGUACACAGAGGACGGCCCGCUAUACCGCUCAGGCAUCGGCGAGUCCACCGUCUCCCUGGACAGCACGCUCAGGUCAGCCAAGAGCCGCAGCAGCUACCUGGCUUACACACUCAGGGAGGAGUCUGGUCAGAAGCCCAGCGUCUCCUCAGGAACAGCUAAAGGACACACAGAUCUGGACGGACCUUUGUUCCACAGGAACGGCACCAAGGGAGACGACUCUGACUCAGACAGCGAGCUGUCAGUCGACGAACACAGCUCCUCCUACGCCUCCUCCCACUCCUCCGACAGCGAGGAUGACGACAUCGACGUCAAGCCCAAGUGGAACAACGAGAGGCAGCCUGUUCACAGCACGCCUAAAGUGGAUUCAGUGUCCAAUCACGUGAAGCCUUACUGGCCCACAGAGGCCACCACAGCCAGUGACAGCGAGGAUCCAGGCGGGGCAGAGAGGCUGAGGGUGGAGACCAAGGUGAAUGUAGAGCUGCAUCCAGAAAAUAAGCUCAACCACAUCGGCGAAAGAGAGAGGGAGACUCCCACGGAGCGAGACAAACAAACGCCUGGUAACGCCAGAGAUGCGGCGCCACCUAGCCAGCCUCACAGCAACAGCAACCACCAACCAGAGCAGAGAAAGGGUAUCUUAAAGAACAAGAUCAGCUACCCUCCUCCGCUGACGGACAAGAACAUGAAGAACCGUCUGAGGGAGAAGCUGAGCGACUACAACCCCCCCACCAUCACCUCCCCUCCCCCCAACAACAACAACACCUCCUCUCCGCCCCUCUCCUCCGUCAACAUCAUGACCCCUUCAUCCCGGCCACCCUCACUGGCCUCCAACGACGGCAGUCGCCCCGGCAACCACGACAACAGCUCCCUCAUCAAGCCCCCUGUCGCCACGCGGCCGCAGAUUCCUGCAGGGGCUCCACCGGCGAGCAUCUACCGGGAGACCAACGGAGGGGUGGCAAUGCACUUGAAGUCAGGGACGGUUAACGGAGGCAACGAUUCUGACUCAGACGGCAGUAACGAGACUUCGAUCUGACCUGUUAGGAAAACCCAGACCAGCCUGCCCUUGUGAGAGAAGGAGCAAAGAACCUGCUGGGGGAGGAGAGGAAAGGAGGAGAGCCAUGAGGACGGGAAUAAAAGAAAAGAAAACUGAAGACGGGCAGGGUGCUGCAGAUUGGGUGAAAGGGGAGGAAACAGUUCCCCACGCCUGAUCUGUCCAUCCACCCCUCCUCUCAUGUUCCCUCUCUCUGGAGAGCAGUAUUAAUUGCAGACUUUAAGACUGCCUGAGACAAGAAAAUAAGCAGAUAAUGAAAAAAUGUGAGAAAACAAUAAAGGGAAUGCUGGACUGUACCAAGAGAGGAAGCAAUGGAGCCACGUGUGCCAAAACCACUGUAGGAAACGGGGACGGAGAGACAGAAGAUGAAGAAUUUCCCCCAGGAUGCAUUGCAAGCCCCAAAACGAUGUUCCUCCGUGGUGGUUAUGUUGCCCUGUUAAUGGGUAAAGUUAGGAAAGCUGGAAAAGGCAGAUGAACAAUCACUGUGCAUGAACUCAGACUCAGAUACAUGCUGGUACAUUUGUAGUCCUAAAGGAUUUCAAGGACUACAAGUCCCAUCAGGCACAACCUGCUGUCUCACUGACUAUCGGACACAUCCAACGGCACUAUCACACACCAAGUGCUCUUUUUUUUUGUUUUGUUUUUUACUCAAAGAAAGGCUUCCGCGGCCUCUCAAUGCAGUGCAUUUAGAGUGUAAUUAACAUGUAGAUAUUGUUAAAGGUGAAGAAGAAAUGAUCUAUUUUGUAUGUCAGCCGUAGCGAGGACAAGUUUGUCGACUAAAAAUCAUUUGCCUGUGUUAUUCCAAUGGUGAAAAUCACUUGAUAUGCUGGUUUAAUAGACUGAGAACAAUCCUGAAUCAAGGCCUUACACAAACAAACACACACCAUCUCAACCUGUCGUGGGCUUUGCAGAGAUCCGCCACACUCUCUGGCACAAACACAUAACGGAUGCUGUUAUGUUUGUGUGUGAGAGCGACCUAGAAUAUCCAAAGUACAUGCACACACAGUACAGUGGGCCUAAAUGAACAUCAGUUAUGUGGAAUGGAGAGGGAUCGCCCCUCCUGUUGAAAACUCAGUUUUCCUGUUCAAGCACUAUAAACCUGAAGCCUUCUUUUCCAGUGUCCUUCCUGCCUGUUUGUCCGAUGCAACACUCUCCUGGUUACCAAAGUCAUGAACUACAGUAAAUGUGCACAUUAGGGUUGGAGUCAGGUUCACUUUUAACUCACUUUUCUUCCAAAAUAGGGGGCAGAGAAAGACGUUUACUGGUCUUUGGUGGCAUUGAAAUACAGCUCAGGAUUAUAAGUUAUCUUAAAGGAAUAGCUCAAGUGAGGUUUUAUGAGGUACUUAUCUAUAUUCUGUGUAUUACUUUAAGUAGAUAGCAGCCAGUACAUCCCCAUUUUGAAGAAACAGAUGCUACAGAAGCUAAGCAAUGUACUCUUGUGGAUGGGGGCUGCAGCAAAACACAUUUUAGCCAGCUAAAAGAAAACGCCUAAAAAUAUCUAAAUCAGUUUGAAUGUACGCCAUACCUGCAAUAUUUUCACUGCUUUUCCUUUCCAUCAGACAUCGAUUUCUGACAUGGCUCUGAAGCCAUAUAUCGCUUUCUUUAAUGCCAGACUCAUUGUGGAGAAAUAGUGAUCACUGAACACAGGAGUUGCUGUUCUACAGCUGCCUUAAGGGGGAUUUAUACUUGUGCGCCAGAGCCUACACACACGACCUACACCAUUGUAAGCAUUUCUACUUGUGCGGUGGUGUGUCUGUGUCACUCUGCAGUUACUCCUCCAAACCACUAGUCGGCGAUGGGGUUUCUGUGAAGUGCUGUAAAGUUGAGGUGACUCAAAACAUGCCCAAAACACACAUUAAACACACAUUGAACAUGGCUUAAUAGAGACAGUUUCAAACACAAGUACACAAAUCAGCUUCACUAUAACUCGCAGCAUUCACAGACAUCUGGACACAUUUUCCCCACAAAUAUAACAUGCUAACGUUAUUAGCUCAAGCCUAUGGCAUUUUACAUUGUAUAAUUUAGCCUAGCGGCUACAGAACUUUUUCCUCUUUUCAUAUGCAGCCAGGUACAGCAGCAACAUUUGAUAAAGGUAAUGUUACUGUACAAAUUCGGCUCCCUUACAACUCACAAGGUUCACUGACAAAACAACUGUCUUAUACUAAACACGUUUUCCAAACAAAUGUGACAUGCUAACAUUAUUAGCACAAGCCUAUGGCAUUUUACUCUGUAUAAAUUAGCCUAGCAGCUAGCAGACUUUUCCUCUGCUCAUAUGAAGCCAGGAUAAAUCACACACAAGACUUAAAAUGCUAUUUUUAUGGAGGCUUUAUUGUCUUCACAAUUUAUUGUUUCUUAUCCGUGAAAUUAAAGUAAAUAAAAGCUUUGUUUCCACUGAGGGAAAUGGUUUCAGCUUACAAACAUAGACAGGAGGUCUGCGUUGCCGCGACGUGUAGUUGCAUUUCUGGAGAAGUGCACAUCAGGCUACAGCGUAGGGUACGGCAUAGGCUCUUCGACGUAGAGCCUACGCCGUAGACAGGCAUCAAUUUGACGCACAAGUAUAAAUCCCACAUUAAUCAGUUAGUUUAUGUGUGUUAUUGUGUUACACUGGCGUUUAAAAGGGUUAAUAUGGAUUCACCAAAGUCGCUAGCUAGCUGUAACAAAGUCUGAUCGAGGCAGCAGUACACCAACAGCUCCCAUGUUCAGUGAGCCAAAAUUGCUGUUUUUAUCAACGGAGCUUGGUGGCUUUGACGGGAGAACAGAUAGAGAACUCCUGCCUGCUUCUCUUAACUUGGGGGUGUGCUAACUGCCAUCUACAGUAGAUAAUACAAUGACUAUGUAUCAGUGCCUUAUACAACCCUACUUCAAAAAAUCGUAACUAUCCCUUUAGGAUCUAUGCUUUUCAAGCACUCGCUAAUAGAUUUCAUGUUUUUUAAGCAUAUUUUUAAUCCAAAAUUGACACUAAAUCACUCAAUCAACAUCGAUUCAGUAUGAAUUUUAAAACGUUUGAGUUCAAAGUGAAAAAGAUGCCAACCCUGUGCAUUCUGCAGCUAAUAUUAGGCAACUUAAAGUCUUGUUUACCACUCACUGAAUGCCUUUGUACCAUAUGUACAACCCCAGUGUUUUGCCCUCCUGUAAUCAACGCUGUUGAUACAUGUGUUUUUUUAUUGAUCCGAGACACUGGAAAUGUUUUGUAACAUAAUGUAUAUUUAUUUUUUAUGGUUUUAAGACACUGGAAAGAAAAGAUGAUUGUGACUGUAAAAUUAAAGAUGACAUGAUGGAUUUUUAACUGUGUUGUGC